GCUUGUUUGUGUUUUGGUUCUAAGGGGAAGUUGCCAGAAGAAAGAAAGGAGGAGACGUGACGGGAUUGUUGAAAUUAUUCUCUUGGUUCCCCAGCACCACCUCACCUCGGUGUCCCGGGCUCCGUGUGCAGCCAUUUAAAGUUCACGGCGUCGUCCGGCUCUCAGCAGAAGUCCUGAUAGUGACGUUUGGCACACAGGGUACCAGGGGAUCCGUCUAGGUCAUGGCCAAUCGAGGAGGAGCUACGAGACCCAAUGGACCCAAUGCAGGGAACAAGAUUUGUCAGUUUAAGCUGGUGCUGUUGGGGGAAUCUGCUGUUGGGAAGUCCAGCUUAGUCCUCCGCUUUGUCAAAGGCCAGUUCCACGAAUUCCAGGAAAGCACAAUAGGAGCGGCCUUUCUCACCCAGACAGUGUGUCUAGAUGACACAACAGUGAAGUUUGAAAUCUGGGACACUGCAGGCCAGGAGCGUUACCACAGUUUGGCACCGAUGUAUUACAGAGGAGCACAAGCCGCCAUUGUGGUCUACGACAUCACAAACGAGGAGUCCUUUGCACGGGCAAAGAACUGGGUGAAGGAGCUACAAAGACAAGCAAGCCCUAAUAUAGUCAUCGCUUUGUCCGGCAACAAAGCUGACCUAGCUAACAAGAGAGCUGUUGACUUCCAGGAUGCGCAGUCGUAUGCAGAUGACAACAGUUUACUUUUCAUGGAGACGUCGGCCAAGACAUCGAUGAAUGUGAACGAGAUAUUUAUGGCUAUUGCAAAGAGAUUGCCAAAAAGUGAGCCUCAGGCUGCAGGACCCAACAGCGGGAGGAACCGGGGGGUGGACCUGACAGAAGCUGCCCAGCCGGCCAAGGCUCCGUGCUGCAGUAACUAACAUGAAGAAGACCCUUCCCUCAACCAACUCGUAUAGCAGUAACUAAUGAGGCCAAUGCCCCCAAUGCCACUGCAGUUACUAAUGCAAUGUGUCAUCCACUCCCUGAAACAAGAAAAGAUGCCGUGUGCAUCCUCUUUUCUUUUUUUUUUUUUUGUUUCCCUCCCCCGUUAGUGAAAUCGAUCCCAUCACUGAUCUUUCCUCGUGGCUCUGCCUCUUUUUCUCCUUUACGGUUCUGCUGCUACACAGUGAAGCCUCCUAACCACUCUGUCUUACUUUCUGCCAUCCGGCUCGUUACGUCUAUCGGUUAUUGAUGAUAGAUCAAUGAUAGCAGAUAUUAGAAAACAUCAGUGCACCCCGCCUUCCACCAUCGUCCUCCCAACGUGUAGAUACGAGGUCCAUUUAGAGGAAGUGAUCACUUCCCCUUCUGGGGACAGCUUAAGACUUUACUACUGCGUUUCUAACACCAGUCUUCUGUUUUUCUUCAUUUUUUUUUUUUUUUUUGAGUACUUCGUUAAUUAUUGUUUACUAUGAUUUUUGUCUAUAUUAUGGAUGCACAUACUUGUAUAUUUACAUGGCCUAAGAUAGAAAAACAAAAACUGUGUUUUAUCUUUUGUCUGCGGUAGCACACGAAAAAAAAAAAGUCUAUUAGAGAAGAGGAGUGUAUUCUUGUGAAUCUGAGAAAUAGGAAAGGUGGAGGAGGUCAGAGAGAGAGAGAGAGAGAGAGAGAGAGAGAGAGGGAGGAACCCUGAGCUCUAUGUCUUGUCUUGUCACUGGGACCCUUUUAUGUCAAAGUCGAAACGAAUCGUCUCUCUCUGAUUCCCCCUGCCUAUGUCUUUCGCCGUUAGAAAAACCCAAAGUAGCAUUAGUGUACAUUCUCUCACACCACCUGUAGGCUCCUCUCGGGGGCCAUGCCUGCUUGUAGCUGUCCCUAGUGGCAUUGUGCAAUGUUUCACAGUAUUUACUCUGUGAGUUGACUGUCUGCAAGUACCAGUGCAGCACAUCAAGCCCCUGCUCCACCCGGCGCAGAGGCCCCCGAGGUCCUCCGCGAUAAGACCGUCCGUUUGUGGUCAGCUCGGGAUAUCUUCUGUUUUGGAUGGAUUUAGUUUAUGCACGAUUACUUUUUCCAUUGUGUCACUGUUGCUGGACAGGCUGCUGGGUUUGCACCGGGUUAAGAAAAAGAAAAAAGGAGGGUUGACGGUGAUGAUUGAGGAGUUGCGAUACAUAAAAUUGCUUCAUAAUUAUAUCAGAAUCCUAAUCAUUUGUCAUCUCCUCUUAAUGAGAAAGUGCUUUAGACACAGUGGUGUGUCGGUAUGUACCAACUGGGCCUGGGCAGGCUGGCGACAGGUUUCUUACUUAGACUUAACGACAUGCACAUUUAUAUGUGUGUAUGUUUUAACACACAUUUGCACAAUUACACGUACACGCCACUGACUUCCUCCCCGGACCACUGUCAGACCUAAACAUAACUGUACAUCAGUCUGUUACACCUCAUCCACAGCCGGGUCAAACACUCUCCCAUCCACUCCCCCACUUUACAUUGUUACACAUAUACAUCGAAUACUUCUGGUCAAUAGCUCUUUUCUUACUCAUGCCUUGCACUAAUGAUGCUCAUGAAUAUAUCUUGUCAUAAUUUCAGCCAGUGUGAUAUAAAUAUAUAUAUAUAAAUAUAUAAAUAAUAUACUGUAAAUAGGGUGUUGCUGUGUAGUCUACUUUUUUUUUUUUCCUUGAUUUACCAGUGACAGGACUAAUGCUUGCUAGGGAGUUGUCUAGAUAAUCAUAAAAGAAAACUGUACAGAAAAAAAAAACAGCUACAAUCUGGGUUUGGAGUUUUGUUGCUGUUCCUUUUUUUUUUUCCACACAAAAGGUUAAAUUAUAAUCAGUGGUGGUCUUUAUAAAUGUAUUUAGUGUUAUUAACAAAAAAAACUAUGAAAUUGCAUUUAUUUAGUCAUCUGUCUUGUACAUUUUUCUCAAAAGAAAAAAAUAUUCUUUUUUUUAACAAAAUCUCUUUCUUGCGUUUCUCCAUUUUUUUUUUUUUUUUUUUUUUUUUUUUUGGGUGUUAUCAGGCCAUGAUGCCUUUUUCCAGCACUCCUCCCUGUAAGCGGACCAACUUCCAGAGGCGCUGGUUGUAAAAGCUCCGGAGGAGUCAGACACCAUUCGAAAAACAGUUUGAGUAUCCACCUGUCUGCCACUCCAUAACAUCUCCAUAACAUUGUGACGAUAUCGUAGGAACAGUAUAACAACAAUCAGCUGGCGCGAUGGUGAUUCGUUAAUAAAUGAAUUUUUUGCCGUGAACACUUAAUUGCAGCCGAAAACAUUUAAAUGCAAGCAUUUUACAGUACUGUUAUGUAAUGACCAAAUAAAUACUGAAAUAAAUUUGAUCAUUUAUUAUUGUA